AUUGUUCAUAUUGAUGCUUCGUGAACCUAUAGACAUAGAUUAUAAUUUUACCGCCGAGAUUUGUUUGGAACGCAUUUAUUAUUAUAAAUACUUGUAAACUAGCAUAUACGAUACUGAAUAUACAAUCACAGUGAUCUUUCGCAAAUUAUCAUGCUGUUUUAUUCCUUCUUCAAAUCCUUGAUCGGAAAGGACGUAGUGGUCGAAUUGAAAAAUGACCUCAGUAUCUGCGGCACAUUAUAUUCUGUCGAUCAGUAUCUGAACAUAAAAUUGGCUGACAUUAGCGUAACAGAUUCAGAGAAGUAUCCUCACAUGUUAUCGGUAAAAAAUUGCUUUAUCCGUGGAUCUGUGGUGCGAUAUGUACAACUUCCAGUAGAUGAGGUAGACAUUCAUCUUUUAACUGAAGCGGCACGGAGGGAAGCAAUGAAUGCUCAAGCAAGAUAGCUCAUAAUUUCAUUAAAUAUAUUGCUUACAUUAAGAAUCCAUUUCUUCUCUUUAAAUACUACUAUUUUGUAUUUAGUAUAGAAAUAAUAUAUGGAAUCGUUUUGCGUUAUUCACAAAUUUUUUUUGAAAACGUGGAUAAUAAUGUAACAUUCUUCAAUAUAUAUUUUUAUUCAGUUAUUUUAAUAUAAAAGACAUUUGUAACAAAAUAA